CGCGGCUAGUUGCCUGGUUUAUCCGGAAGAAACGCAUCACUAUUUACCUUUAAAUAUCGCAUACGCUGUUUGUCUGAAACUCAAGAGCAGGACCAGUGAUGCUCCUGGUUGGCCCCAGGUUGCUAAAUAGAGUUUCACAAGAACAUUAUGGGGACAGCAUCAUCUAUAGUAAGUCCCGGAGAUGUGAUCGAGGAUGGGUACGGGGCUGAGGGUGGAGAAGCAUGCGAGAUUCCUGUGGAAGUGAAGCCAAAAGCACGACUGGUCCGCAGCUCGUUCCGACGUGGCCCGCGGGUCAUCGGUGCCAGCUUCAAAUCCACAGGUUCUGUGGAACUGGAGUACGCUGCUGAAUACGAGCGUCUUCGCAAGGACUAUGAGAUCUUCCGUGUAAGCAAGAACAAUGAGAUAGCAGCCAUGCAGAAAAAAGAAGCCAAGCUGGACGAGGAGAACAAGAGACUCCGUGCUGAGCUGCAGGCCUUGCAAAAGACCUACCAGAAGAUUCUCAGGGAGAAAGAAAGUGCUUUGGAGGCAAAAUACCAGGCAAUGGAGAGAGCAGCCACCUUUGAGCAUGACCGAGACAAAGUGAAACGGCAAUUUAAGAUCUUCCGUGAGACCAAAGAAAAGGAAAUUCAGGAUUUGCUAAGAGCAAAGCGUGAUCUGGAGUCCAAACUGCAGCAGCUGCAGGCUCAGGGUAUCCAGCUGUACGAGCCUAUUGACUCUGACUCUGAAGACAACCGCACAAGUGUCACAACUGCAGGGACUCAGUGUGAGUACUGGAGUGGAGGCAUUCUGGGUAGUGAGCCUUCCAUGGGGAGCAUGAUGCAACUGCAGCAGGGUCACAGAGGGCCUGAGUUUGCCCACAGUCUCAUCGAUGUGGAGGGGCCAUUCGCCAAUGUCAGCAGAGAUGAUUGGGAUGCAGCAGUGGCCAGCCUGCUGCAGGUUUCUCCUCAUGUGUCUCAGGCUUUAUGGAGUAACACAGUCCGCUGUUACCUCAUCUACACACAAGAGACCAGAGCUGAACUCCAUGCCUUUAUACAGAAUCAUGCUCCUGGUUUGAAGAGGUUUUGUGAGAGUUUGGGCCAUUUCUACUUAACUGUGUGCUUCCCUGAGGAAAAAGCUGCUCUGUAUGUUACUGAGCGCCAGCUGGAGCUUGAGAAGAGCUCGGUGUGUGUGCUGCUGCUUAAGUCCUCAGUGUCCAGUUGUGUAAUGGAAGAUGUUGAGGAGGCAUUUGUACGGACACCAGACUCUCAUCCUUUGCUAGUUUAUCUAAAUACGGGGGAAAAGAAAGGAGAGUGUGACGGGGCUUCCUAUCUGAGUCAGGCCUCUAGAGACCUGUUGGAGAAGGUUAACAAUGCAGACAAGGCCGCUAAAGUUAAGGUGGUGGACCACUCAGGAUCUGCUGAGGAGGGAGCAGCACUUAUUUAUGCUCAGCUGGAAAAGAUUAUAAAACAGGAACUGUUGGGUUUGGAGCUGGAGGACAACACAGGACUGGAGGACAGGGAAGAAUCUGACUCUGGUGAUGUUCUGUGGGAUUUACAUGAUGAACAGGAGCAGACUGAGGCCUACCAGCACAUUUGCAGUGCUUCAGCUAGUCUCAGCUUUCAGAAGUACAUUGAUGGUCUGAAUGAUAUGGUUGCUGCUCCUCCCCCCACUCCUCCUUUACUAGUGUCAGGAGGACCAGGCUCAGGCAAAUCUCUCCUCCUUGCUAAAUGGAUAGAGCUACAGCAGAAGCACUCCCCCAACACACUGAUCCUCUAUCACUUUGUGGGUCCUGCUCGAUCCACCAGCGCAGAGCCCGUCCUCAUCAUCAAACGUCUCACUGUGAAGCUUUUGCAGCAUUUCUGGUCACUCUCAGGCUUGUCCAUGGACCCCUGUAAGAUCCUGGAGGAAUUUCCUCGUUGGCUGGAGAGACUGUCCUCACGCCAUCAUGGCAACAUCAUUAUUGUCAUCGACUCCAUUGACCAGAUCCAAAAUGCUGAGCGACAUAUGAAGUGGCUGAUUGAUCCACUUCCUGCUAACGUCAGAGUUCUGGUGUCUGUCAAUGUUGAGUCGUGCCCACAGGCUUGGAGGCUUUGGCCCACUUUACACCUGGACCCUCUCAAUCCACGAGAAGUGAAAAGUGUCCUCAACACGGAGUGUGUGAACAUUGACAUGAAACCCACAAAAGAGCAGGAGAAGAAAUUGGAAAGGCACUGCCGUUCCGCUUCCACCUGCAAUGCGCUGUACGUCUCACUACUGGCCAGACUCCUCACCCACACUAGAUCAUCCUGGCCAUUGGACAGAAUGCUACAUCAGUGUGUGUUAUGUCAGGACACCGUGGCUUUGUAUAGACUCAGCCUGAAGGUGGUACUGGAUUCACUUAACACAGAUAGAGAGAGGCACGUCAUGAGAGAAUUAUUGUGCCUGCUCUGUGCCAGUCAUAAUGGCAUUAGUGAGUCUGAACUUUUGGAUAUUUUUCCAGAGCUGCGUUUCCCAGCACUCUCCUCUCUGCUCUACAGUCUGGAAAAACUCCUCAUCACCACCUUCAGCUGUGGCCUUGUCCGCUUUCAGCACCCACAGACAUGUGAGGCUGUAAUGCAAGAGUUCCUCAAUGGAGGGAGAUGUUGCUCAUUGUACAGAGACAAACUUAUUCAGUAUUUUAACCGGAAGCUUAGUGAGAACACAGUGACAUGGCGUGUUGCUGAUGAGUUGCCAUGGUUAUUGCAGCAGCAGGGGGACAAAUGUAAACUACAGCUCAGUCUGCUCAACCUGUUUGUCUCCCAGAAUCUCUACAAGAGGGGUCAUUUCUCAGAGCUGCUGGCAUACUGGCAGUUUGUUGGGAAGGAUAAAGUGUCCAUGGCAGGUGAAUAUUGUGAUGCUCUGAAGGAGUUUGAGCGGAAUUGUGAGAAUGAAGAAAGCAUGAGCAGACUGGCCAACCUGUAUGAGACCCUCGGCCGAUUUCUUAAAGACCUGGGGCUCCUCAGUCAGGCAGUUGCACCCCUACAGCGCUCUCUAGAGAUUCGUGAGACAGCUUUGGAUCCAGAUCACCCCAGUGUGGCCCAGUCACUGCACCAGCUGGCAGGAGUGUAUGUCCACUGGAGGAAGUUCGGCAAUGCAGAGCAACUGUACAAGCAGGCACUGGAGAUCAGCGAGAAUGCAUACGGAGCCGAGCACUCAAGUGUAGCAAGAGAACUUGACUCCCUCUCACUCCUGUACCAGAAACAAAACAAGUAUGAGCAGGCUGAGAAGCUGCAUAAGAGAUCGGUGAAAAUCAAGCAGAAAAUGGCGCGGCAGAAAGGCCACAUGUAUGGGUUCACUCUACUACGUCGUCGAGCACUACAGUUGGAAGAAUUGACUCUCGGUAAAGACUCAGCUGACUGUGCCAAGACUCUCAAUGAACUCGGUGUCCUCUACUACCUCCAGAACAACCUUGAUGCAGCGAAGGUGUUCCUGAUGCGUUCGUUGGAGAUGCGGCAGCGUGUGUUGGGCGCCGAUCACCCAGAUUGUGCUCAGUCUCUGAAUAACUUGGCUGCCCUGCACUGUGAGAAGAGGGAUUACGAGAGUGCUGAGCAGCUGUAUGAGAAAGCACUGGAAAUCCGCAAACAAGCCCUCGCUCCUGACCACCCAUCUCUCGCCUAUACCCUCAAACAUCUUGCCAUGCUCUACAAACGCAGGGGGAAGAUGGAGAAGGCAGUGCCUCUCUAUGAGUUGGCUCUUGAGAUUCGAGAGAAGAGCUUUGGGCCCAAACACCCAAGUGUAGCUACAGCUCUUGUUAACCUCGGUGUGCUCUACUGCCAACUGAAGCAGCACAACGAGGCAUUACCGCUGUAUGAGCGGGCUCUCAGAGUAUAUGAGGACAGCCUCGGGCGACUGCAUCCUCGAGUAGGAGAGACUCUAAAAAAUCUGGCAGUGCUCAGUUACGAGGAAGGGGAUUUUGAGAAAGCUGCUGAGCUGUACAAACGAGCCAUGGAGAUCAAGGAGGCCGAACCGUCGUUGGUGUGUGAGAAAGCACCAUCUCCUCACUCAUCCGGCGGCGACACGUUCAGCUUGCGAAGCCCCACCCUCCUACCUCACACCCUCAGGAAUACAUUUGUUGCUGAUCAACACAUCUACUGCUUACAUUCUCACCACCCUGAAGAGCAUUUUUACUCAGCAACACACCUUACUGUGCUAACAGUAAAGUACGGCUUCCAAACUGCAACCUCAAUGAUGAGAAAACCUUGAAGAAAAAGGGAAGAGGGACAUUUGAUGUCAGAGUGGAGAAGAACCACAACAUUUGUGCUGUGACAUGGUACGACACCCGUCAGGUGACACUUGUGUCAUCCUUUACUGGCCCAGAACCAGUGGAAAAGGUUAAAAGUUGGGACAAAACUGCCAAAACAUUUGUGGAAGUUCAGAGGCCUAACAUUGUGGUGACCUACAACAAAAACAUGGGGGGAGUGGAUUUGCUGGACUCAUUUGCGGCCAAGUACAAGUUUCCUCUCAAGUCCCAUCGUUGGUACAUCUACAUCUUCUGGCACACAAUUAUUCUAGCUGUGAUCAACGCUUGGCUCCUGUACAAACGGGACUGCAAGGCCUGGGCUAUUCCAAAGAAAGAGAUCCUGAUCAGGAGACGGUUUCAGGCCCAGUUGGCAUCCUCCCUUAUCCUGACUGGCACAUCUGUCCCAGUGCCAAAGCGAGGGCGGCCAUCCUCAAGCCCUAUGAGUUCUCCAGCUGCUAGGCCCUCUAAGAGGAGAAAUGCAUACCCACCAAGUGAUGUCUGCAAAGACAUGACUGGGCAUUUCCCCAUCAAAGCUGACAGGGAAGGUGCAGACAGUGUGCUAAAGGCUACACUAACACUGUUUGUAUGAAGUGUGAUGUCCGCCUUUGUUUUUCAGAACAAAGAAACUGCUUUUUGGACUACCAUAGGUAAAGAAGGGAGAUGUAAAAAUGCAUCUUAAGUUUGUUUUCAGAUUUGUACAUACAGCAUUCAUCCAGUGUUUUUAAAGAGUGGAAAUUACUUUUUUUUGAAUAAAUUACUUGUCAUAAAACAAUAUAA